AGCCCCCUGGUGAAACCUCCCCAAGCACCCUUCUUUCCUCGACAGGGCUGCAGAAGAUUAACCAGGGAAGGGAAAUGACAGCAGCAGAUUCGGUGCAGGUCGGGGAUUUUCAGCAGGGUUUUGCUCGAGAAGAAGGGGCAGAAAAUACACGCGUCCAGGGGCCAGUGACCUUCGAGAAGGUGGCUGUGUAUUUCACCCAGGGGCAGGGGGCUCUGCUGGACCCCGCUCAGAGAGCCCUCUACAGGGACGUCAUGCAGGAGAACUACGAGACGGUGACCUCACUGGGACUGCCCCUUCCCAAACCUGACCUGAUCUUCCGUUUGCAACAAGGGAAGGAGCCGUGGGUCCCGGAUCUCCAAGCGCCUGAGAGAAGGCAGAUCCGGAGAGGCGUCUGCCCAGGUGAGGAAUCAGGGAAACUGACACAAAAACAGCCUGCGGGCAACAGGAUGGUGAAAGAGGAUGAGGAAGAGAAUCCACGGCAGGCAGGCUGUAAGGAGCCAGAACGCCAUGGGGCAUCAUCCAGAUGCUCCAAAGAAGACAUUGCAUCAAGUCUUGAGCAGGGAAAAGCCUCUGAGAGUCAGCACAGGUCAGGAAAGCAGCCAGGGAAGAAAGGGUGUCAAUCCAUUAGUUCUAGUAGAGGUGGAAAGGACAUCCUGGAAACCUCAGUGCAGCAGAGAACCCAUACAAGAGAGAAAAAAAAACCACCCACCGAAUGCGAGAGAAGAUUCAAUAUGAGCAAACAGCUUGGUGGAUCUCAGACCCCCCACCAGGGAGAGAAGCCCUAUAAAUGCCAGGAGUGCGGUAAAAGUUUCAAUCAGAGCUCCAACCUUAUUCUGCACCAACGAACGCACACGGGAGAGAGGCCCUACAAAUGCCUCGACUGCGGGAAAAGUUUCAAUCGGAGCUCGAGCCUCGUCGUGCAUCAGAGAAUCCACACGGGAGACAAACCCCACAAAUGCACCAAAUGUGGGAAGAGUUUCAUUCAGAGCUCAAACCUGACGACGCACCAAAAAAUCCACACGGGAGAAAAAAACUGUCAAUGCCCAGAAUGUGGGAAAAUGUUCAGCGACAACUCAGCCCUGAUUAAGCAUCGAAGAAUCCAUUCAGGGCAGAAACCCUAUAAAUGCCCGGAAUGCGGGAAAGGGUUUAGUGACAGCUCAACCUGUAUUCGACACCAGAGAACCCACACGGGAGAGAGACCCUAUAAAUGCCUGGACUGUGGGAAAAGCUUCAAUCUGAGCUCCAACCUAGUUACGCACCGGAGAAUCCACACGGGGGAAAGACCCUAUAAAUGCCUCGACUGUGGGAGAAGCUUUAGUCAGAACUCGCAUCUGAUUAAACAUCAGAAAGUCCACACGAGAUUGAAAUCUCUCUUUGUUGUUGCUGUCUGGGUGAGUCCCAAACCCCCUUUCCCCCACCCCACGCAGAGCUGGGCCUCCAGACUGGGCAGGAUCCCACCUGAGCGCCUCUGCCCGCAGGGACAGCACCAAGUAAGUCUUGGAGCCAAGGGGCCGGUGACCUUCGAGGAGGUGGCUUUGUAUUUCACCCAGGGGCAGGGGGCUCUGCUGGACCCCGCUCAGAGAGCCCUCUACAGGGACGUCAUGCAGGAGAACUACGAGACGGUGACCUUGCCGGCAGGUGAUGGGAUGGAGAAUGACAAAAAGGAGGAGAAUCUACAGCGGGAAGGUCCUGAGCAAGUGGCAUCUCAGGGGACCUUGUCGGAAAGAUCCAAGGGGAAUUUUCCCCAGAGUUGCGAGCAGGGAAAAAUCUGGGGGAAACAGCACAAGUCAAAGAAGCGGCUGGGCAACCAACAGAGGAAAAGAGUGGGUAAGACCCUUAAUUAUGAGGAAGGCUGUAAAAGCCUCAAGGAAACCUCAGCCCAGAAGAGAAUCCACACAGAAGAGAGAAAAAACACAUGCACUGAGUGCGGGAAAACCUUCAAUCGGAGCUCAAACCUGAUUUCUCAUCGGAGAACCCACACGGGAGAGAAACCCUAUAAAUGCACGGAGUGUGGGAAGAGCUUCAGUCAAACUUCCAAUCUUAUUUCUCAUCGGAGAAUCCACACCGGAGAGAGACCCUACAAGUGUAUUGAGUGCGGGAAAAGCUUCAAUCAGAGCUCCAACCUUAUUACGCAUCAAAGACUCCACACGGGAGACCGACCCUACAAAUGCCCCGACUGUGGGGAAAACUUCAAUCAGAGCUCAGAUCUUAUUACUCACCAGAGACUGCACACGGGAGAGAGGCCCUACACGUGCACGGACUGUGGGAAAAGUUUCAUUUGCCGCUCAAACCUCAUUUCGCAUCAGAGAAUCCACACGAGAGAGAGACCCUAUAAAUGCUUAGACUGCGGGGAAAGUUUUGACUGGAGCUCACAGCUUAUUAAACAUCAGAUAUUCCAUACGGGAGAGAAACCGUACAAAUGCUUGGACUGUGGGAAAAGUUUCAGCGACAGCUCCACCCUUAUUUCGCACCGGAGAAUCCACACGGGGGAGAGACCCUAUAAAUGCCUUGACUGUGGGAAAAGCUUCCAUCAGAACUCAACCCUUAUUAGGCACAGAAGAACCCACACUGGAGAAAAACCCUAUAAAUGCCUCGACUGUGGGAAACGUUUCAAUCAGAGCUCAAACCUUACUACGCAUCAGAGACUUCACAUGGCCCAAAAACCUUGAAUGUGGGAGCAGCUUAGGGUGACCAGAUGUCCCAAUUUUAUAGGCGCCUAUUAACCCCCCACCUUUGUCCCGAUUUUUCACACUUGCUGUCUAGAGCAGCUAUAACUAUCUGACUGUGCCAGCCAUCGGCAAAUCCAUACAGGGAAGAUGCCUCUUAAAUGUCCUUAGCGUGGAAAAUCCUUCAAACAGAGUUAACGGGCUUGUCUACACUGCAGAGCCUUGGCUGGGUAUAUCUCUGCUGGCAAAGUCUCUUAGUGGAGACACAGCUUAAGCCAACAGAAGGCGAUCUGCUGAAAUGGCUAAACCACCUCCUGGAAGGACAUUUGCUAAGCCCACAGAAGCACUAGCUGCGUCUACACUGGGAUUUUUUUUCCGGGAUAGCUAUGUUGUCUAGGGGGUGUAUGAUUUUUUUCACACUCCUCGCCAACAUAGGUCCAUCAAUGGCUAUUUGCCAGGAUGGGCAGAGAUGCUGUCCCUAGCCUCUGUUUGCCAGAAGCUGGGAAUGGGCGACAGGGGAUAGAUCACUUGACGAUUACCUGUUCCGUUCAUUCCCUCUGGGGCACCUGGCACUGGCCACUAUUGGAAGACAGGAUACUGGGCUAGAUGGACCUUUGGUCUGACCCAGUAUGUUCUUAUGUUCAUAGCUAUGCCAGCAAACUUUGUAGCAUAGACUUUAACUGAUAUCAGACUUCAGAGAUUCCACACAGUGGGGAUUCUACCAGUGCCAAACCAGGUCCUAAUUCCCACAUGUGUCUGUGGCAUUUGGCUCCCAAGCAUCCAGCUGCCCAUCGCUGGGGUGAGGACACAGCAGCGGCCAAACCUGAGCUGAUCGGUGACCUUCUGGCUCUGCCAGGUCUAAGCAAACCCCAGGCAGAGGAGGAGAAGCCCCCAUCAGCCCCCCCCUCCCUGCUGCAACCCUGGCUGCUGAGCUGAUGGGCCACAGGUGGGGGAAGGGAGAGAGAGAAACUCCUUCAGACACUCCCUCUGCCUGGCUGAAGUUCCCCCCUCGCCCUUCCCUUCCCAGACAGGAUCCCCCUGUCAUGGAGAUGAGGAGAAGGACACUUGGGCCAGGCCCCACCUUCACUCUACACACCUGUCCCCACCCCCCAUCUCCACCAGCCCCUGGGCUGGGCUCCCCCACUAGCCUAUAUAAGAACAGCCAGACUGGGUCAGAUCCAUCUAGCCCAGUGUCCUGUCUUCCGACAGUGGCCAGUGCCAGGUGCCCCCGAGGGAAUGAACAGCACGGGCACUCAUCAAGUGAUCCAUCCCUUGCCACCCAUUCCCACUCCACUACCUGGAGCUGUUCACUGCAAGGGACGUGUCCCUGACAGCUGACAAUGUGUCCACUCCCCUCUACCAGUCCCCCAGGGCGUUGGGUUCUGGGGAAUGAAAUAUUAGGGGACCCAGAAACUGGGAGACUGAAGGUUUGGUGCUUGUGUAGAUGGGAACCAGAUGGGGCUCUCAGCUGGCACUAGUUAGUAUUUGGGGAUAAUGGAGUAAGAGGGGAGGGAAGGUUUGGGCUUAGAGAGAUUCUGCUCCCUGUUGUUCACCCCUUCUGCCCCUUUGAUCUGCCCCCUCCACGUUCAGUCAUUGACAGGGACUGAUUUCCAUACAGCCCUUGAAAGAGGCCUAGAAAAGGCUAGAGGCGUAGGAAUCACACCUCAGCCCUGGCAGCAUCAGCCUCUGAGGCUAGGAAAUAUGGUCUGGGUUCAGCUGGGGUUAGCUAGCAUGUUUCCCUCUGAUCUGGGUCAAACAUCAGCCAGUGUUCCUGACCGACUCUGAGCAUCUGAGGAUUACAGUGGAGGAGAAGCUGGAUAUGAGUCAGCAGUGUGCCCUUGUUGCCAAGAAGGCUACUGGCAUAUUGGGCUGCAUUAGUAGGAGCGUUGCCAGCAGAUCGAGGGAAGUGAUUAUUCCCCUCUAUUCGGCACUGGUGAGGCCACAUCUGGAGUACUGCAUCCAGUUUUGGACCCCCAAUACAGAAAGAAAUGUGGACAAAUUGGAGAGAGUCCAAUGGAGGGCAAUGAAAAUGGUUAGGGGGCUGGGGCAUGUGACAUAUGAGGAGAGGCUGAGGGAACUGGGCUUAUUUAGUCUGCAGAAGAGAAGAGUAAGGGGGGAUUUGAUAGCAGCCUUCAACUACCUGAAGGGGGGUUCCAAAGAGGAUGGAGCUCAGCUGUUCUCAGUGGUGGCAGAUGACAGAAUAAGGAGCAAUAGUCUUAAGUUUCAGUGGGGGAGGUCUAGGUUGGAUAUUAGUUCACUAGGAGGGUGGUGAAGCACUGGAAUGGGUUACCUAGGGAGGUGGUGGAAUCUCCAUCCUUAGAGGUUUUAAAGGCCUGGCUUGACAAAGCCCUGGCUGGGAUGAUUUUAGUUGGUGUUGGUCCUGCUUUGAGCAGGGGGUUGGACUAGAUGACUUCCUGAGGUCUCUUCCAACCCUGAUCUUCUAUGAUUCUAUGAUCUCAUUUAUAGCAGCACCUCCUUUAGAGACGUGGUGGUUACAGGCACCAAGUUCCCCCUUGUUGGGACAGAUUUUGUCAUUCCAAGCAAGUCUCACCUUGCUCUGGCUUGUACUGAGGAGCAUUUAUAUUUCUACCUUUUGUAUUUUAUGAAGCAGAAUUGAAUAGAUGCUAAAAUAGCUAGAGCCGGGACAGAAAAAUGCAUUGACUCAGCCUGUGGGUUACUGGAGGGUGAUGGGAUGAGUCAGAGAAAUUCCCUCCAUCACAAUGUUGAUCCCCCAUCCCCUACCCCACAUUAGCUCACGGAUUGUUUAUCCUCCCCACAUUCCACCCUUCCACCUCCCAAAGUGUCGGCUCUCCAUGCACUUUGAUUUCUUUGAUCCUAAAUCAGAUUCGUGAGGGCUGGAGAGGAAAGUGUCACAGACCUGGAAGAGGAAUGCAAUUGAAUCCCAGAGACGGUGUGAUCCUUCCGAAUUGAAAUCCCGGUUUCCAUCUGUUGGCAAAGUGGCUUCUGCUUCAGGGCUUUUUUCCUUGCAAAAUUCAGAUUAUUUGGGGGAUUAUUUGCAAGUUUGGGGGAUUUUUUUGUUUGUUUUCCUUUCACUAUGAUGGUGCUAAAAUUUUGUAAAUAAUACAACUAAUGAGGCACAAAGUGAAGUAGGUGUAGCCAAUUUAAAAAGGAACACGGGCAAAUCUGGUCUCCUGAAUUUGAGUCAGAGGCAACAUACGCCUGGAUUUCAAUGGAUGUGAACUUGAAAUUGGAUUUUCAGCUCUUGUACUUUUGGGUUUCUCUCUUUCCUGAAGACGUUUGGAUCACAUACUUGGAUAUUAGUUUGGCUUGGUGGGAUGUACAGUGGAUUUAUUGGAUAUCUGCCUCUGACAACUGAGUAUUUGCCAGAAUAGUCCUUUCUCAUUUGCUUUUUUACUGUUUCCCCACCCUUCGCCAGGUGGCUUUAAUGUUGUUUGAACAAUGAACAUUAUAAAUAAGUAUCGACAUACACACUGAUGGGUGACUGUGAGGGUCGCAGUUCAAGAGACAGCAAGUGAUAUGGAGAAGGAAGCUAUGGAUGGAUCCCUGCAGUGACAUGGGAUCCAGUCAGGGUGGGAGAGGUUGGGAGGCGGAAGACAGGGGGAACGGUAAGGUUUCCUCUGGAGAGCCAGACUGCUGAGUCUGAGAACUGUUAACUCACUGCACUUAGGCCAGAGAGAGACAAGAAAUGCCAUCUGAGCAGCAGGUGAAGCCAUACCUGAAUCCUACAGGGCAACGAAUGAUGCUUCAAGUUGAGUGAUGAGGGGGCAUCUAAUUCCUCAGAGGACGAGGCUGUGCGGAGCUGAGAAGGAAGCAGGGGAUGUCAGUAGGUCUGACUAACCUUGAAGACAGGUCUGCCUCCAUCUCUGAGGCCAGAGAGAGACAAGCAACCUGACAGCCCACCUGGUCACCCCUUCCCGUCUAGGGGGGAGACUGUCUCUGCCCCACCCAUCAGGUGCAUCCCCAGGGAGAUAAAAGCCUCGGCUGGGACUGGAGAUGCCGACACUGCUGUCAGUUUACCCCGUUCUCUGGCUCCCGUGAAACCACAUUCCCUGGGCUUCCUGUUCUCGGAGCAUUUGUGACUAGAUCCCAGCGUCUCUCCCGGAGCCGCUGCACUUUUCUGCCCACUGUAAAAUGUUGGCUCCGUUGCUGAGGCCUGCAGGAGCUGGAAGCGACACUGUCCUGGGCUGGACUGGGGUUGAAAUGCACCACGCUGAGCUGGGCGUUGGGGGGAGGGGCAGUGGGGGGGGGCUUUUUAUUUCUUGCUUUGAAAUUAUAAAGUAGAAUUUUAGUUUCUCAAAC